UGUCUGUGUGUGUUUCAGUUCCAGCAUGGAGUCAUUGUUGCGGUGGACUCACGGGCCACAGCGGGCUCCUACAUCGCUUCGCAGACGGUGAAGAAGGUGAUCGAGAUCAACCCUUACCUCCUGGGCACCAUGGCUGGAGGCGCAGCAGACUGCAGCUUCUGGGAGCGCCUUCUGGCCCGCCAGUGCCGCAUCUACGAGCUGCGAAACAAAGAGCGCAUCUCUGUGGCAGCCGCCUCCAAACUGCUGGCCAACAUGGUGUACCAGUACAAAGGCAUGGGACUCAGCAUGGGCACCAUGGUGUGUGGCUGGGACAAGAGAGGGCCUGGGCUGUACUACGUCGACUCAGAAGGUAACCGGGUGUGUGGCGACCUGUUUGCUGUGGGAUCCGGCUCCAUGUACGCGUACGGCGUGAUGGACAGCGGCCUGCGGCAAGAUCUGACGGUGGAGGAAGCCUGCGAGCUGGGACGCCGCGCCAUCUUCCAGGCGACAUACCGUGACGCCUACAGCGGAGGACAGGUCAACCUGUACCACGUCCACAGUGAAGGCUGGACGAGGGUCUCCCAGGAUGACGUGCUGAUGCUGCAUCAGCAGUACAAAGAACAAGCGUAGCUGAUGAGAAAAAAGAAGAGAGUGGUUGGAGAGAAGAAAGUUUUCUAAAGUUUAGUCACCCAAAUGUUUCGAAAGGUUAACACAUAUUAAAAAGGACUCCACCUUCCAGUUUCACGACUUCUGUUACUUGUUGCUCCAGCUUUGUAUCGUGUUAACAGUGGCAGUAAGCUCCGCUCACCUUGUAAGGAUUAUAAUUUGAGGGGCUGCAGAGAGGCCGCCGAUGAUUCAUACUUCCUUAAUGCAGUGUGGGAGUAGCGUGGUGCUCACCCUCUGUACUGUACCGUUCAGUUCAGAUCCUACCUUUUAAAACUGCAAUAUCUACUACAAUAAAAAUGUGUUCUUUCUCUCGUG